AUGUCCUUUCGCGGCGAUGACCAGCGCCGUUACGGCCACGUUCCGCCUGUCCAAUACCCUAUUGCGGGACAACCGACCGACCAUUCUUCCUACCCAGCGCGACGACCGAGUUUCGAUCGAGGUGAUGAUGCGGCACUCUUCGGUUCUGGCCAGUCGCCUGCUCCGGCCUUUCAGAAUGCGCCAAGUCGAGGCGAAGAUGAGCUGUUUCUAACCAGCCCGACCGACCCUUCGGCUUCCAUGGGCAAUUUCUCCUCCUACCACAACCAAUAUCCGCCCUCGUCCUCCCUUCAGCCUACGUCCCCGUCGGCCUACAAUCCGCAACAGUUUUCCAGAUCGCAGUCGACAUCCCUGCCAUUUCACCCUGCCCCGCAAGCGCAGUAUUCUGGCGCCGCUUUUGCCCAGCACAUUCCUCCGCAGACAAAUGUCAACUAUACACCGCAAGCCUACAACCCCGCUGCCUAUGCCAGCGCGGCUGCGGUGCCUCAAAGGAACCCUACAUACCACGGCUACAACAAUUAUUCUCCGCAGUACGCCUCGCAGCCUGGCUAUCCUUCCCCUGGGGCCCAAUACUCACCGGCCUUCGCCCAUCCAACCCAACCUCCUACAGUAGCUGUGCCCCAGUAUGAGCCUGCCCUGCCAAGCCCGCCAAUACAUAGCGCAUCGUCGUCCCAGGCCCCGACCUACGAUCCUUCCGCCUACUCUGGCUCUUACAAUCCUACAAACUAUGGCAAUUACUCCUCGACUGGCAAUAGCCCCGCCCUCACCCCUACUCGGCUGCCAGCAAUUCGUCUGCCCUUUACCCUAGUUUCCCCAGACACCCGCGACUGGGUCUGGCUAUUCAGCGAGUGA